AUGGUACAACUCAAGAUCGGAAUUAUCAUGGGCUCUGUCCGAGAGGGCCGCAUGAAUGCCCGAGUCGCUGAUUGGGUCGAAUCCGAGGCGAAAAAGAAGUUUGGAGAAUCGGCGUUGAUUGAGGUAAUCGACUUGGAAGAUUACAACUUGUCGGGGAUCAGACAACCCAUUCAUUUCAUGGCGGACUCGUCGCUCGCACCAGCGGAUCUCAAGAAAGCGGAAGCGAAAGUGAAAGAACUCGACUGCUUCAUCUUUGUGACGCCAGAAUACAACUUGAACAUUCCCCCCGCGUUGAAAAAGUUCAUCGAUCUUCUCCCUCCUCCAAUUUGGUGGUGGAAAUCUGCCGCCAUCAUCAGCUAUUCCAUGGGCCGUUUUGGCGGAAACAUCGUCCCGCACUCCCUCCGCCAGACUUUUUGCGAGAUCGGACUCAUUCCUGUCACCAAACCAAUGUCGAUUCCGUUUGUUCACGAAGAAAUCGACGAGAACGGAGCUCUAGUCGGACAGGGAGCUGAGGGCUUUCAAGCUGAAAUUGAAAAAACUCUUGAUGUUUUUGAAUUUUACGCGACUGCGAUCAAGGAGAAGAGAGAAAAUGGACCUGUUCCGAAGAAUAUGUAA